ACGAAGUUGCAGUGAGGUGACGUUUUGGUGUGAAAAAAGUCUCCCGACAAAUUAUGCAAUUUUCUCUGCAUUUCCAGCUGUGAAAAGGUGUGGAAAAGUUGCAGAAUGCACCCCUAAGUGUUGCGUGCGUGCGAAAAUGGUGGAAAAGCCGUGAAAUUGUGCGUGGGUGUGUGAAAAAAACGGCUGAGACAAUUUCUUCUCGCGGGGGCCCAGUGGUGUGAAUUUUGUUGGCAUCUCCCUCUUGUACGCGCAUCGGCCAAUCUGUGUGUCUCGCUCUCACUGAAGUGCGGUUGUUUUUUUUUCGGGGCACUUAAAAUGGCUGCGAGUUUCUUCUUUGUUUAGGACGGCUUACGGAAUUUUUGCUUUGGCCCCCACAUAUUGUGUGUGUGCUGUGAAACUCCAGACGGGGCCUUUUUGUUGGUGGAUUACUUGUGGGGCACCAUGCCGAGUGCCUCGUUCACAUCUUCACGAUCCUAUGUGAGGCGAUCACGGCGAAAAGGUGCCAAUCGCAUCGCUCUGCCAUCGAGAACUUCAGAUCCGUGUGAGCCACCAUGUCAGAAUCUUCCAGCCCUAAAUGUUGGUACAGCAACAUCAUCCGGAGGUCCAUCAACUGUUGCUGCUACGGGAACUAGUGCUUCCAGCACAAAUACAGCAGCAAAUUCCACAGCAACAAGCAGUGGUGGUGCUAUUCCGGGACCUAGCAAUUCAAGUAGUUCCCCAGCUGGGGCAUCAGCUGUUGCCACAGCUACAAGUUCCGCUGCUGCAGCGGGUGUUGCAUCCACAUCGUCGGCUGGGCAUCAGUCCCCGUACGAUUUGCGACGUAAAUCCCCAUCGGCCAGUCACGAUUUGUGCACCUGGAGCGGCCAAUCGGGGCAUCACUAUCAGAGUACGUCAAUCGAUGGGGGUUGCUACAUGCUGCCGGCACGCAAAAGGCCCCGCCGUACGUAUUCAACGAGCAUUGACACAUGCACCCCGUCGGCAGCGCAGUAUUUGCAAUAUGAAAUGCCCGAUGAGGUACUCCUGACAAUCUUCUCCUACCUCCUGGAGCAAGAUCUGUGUCGUCUAUCGCUCGUUUGUAAGCGCUUCAAUACAAUUGCCAAUGAUACGGAAUUGUGGAAGAGAUUGUAUCAGAGUGUGUAUGAGUAUGAUUUGCCACUAUUCAACCCUGAACCGUGUAAGUUUCUCUUUGUAAAACCCGAAGAUUCCGAUUAUGCAAAUCCGUGGAAGGAGAGCUUCCAUCAGCUCUAUCGGGGCAUCCACGUGCGUCCCGGGUAUCAAGAUAGGAAGUACAGAGGGCGCAAUAUUGCCUACUUUAACACCGUUCAAGCGGCUCUUGAUUAUUCCGAUGAACGCACAACAGCCACGGGUGCAGCUGCAGCAACGGCGGGACUUACACCCACAACGAUUUCAUCACCGGGUGUCCCAGCAUUGGCAAAUGCCGGAGCACCCGCUGGUUUGCCAUCAAAUGCCGUUCUAGCUGCGGAUGAGGGAUGCGUUGUUGAGCAUCCGGGGAGUUUAAUCUUCCUCCAUGCUGGGCACUAUCGUGGGGAAUUUUUGGUAAUUGAUUCAGACGUGGCACUCAUUGGGGCUGCUCCGGGGAAUGUGGCGGAGUCCAUUGUGCUCGAAAGGGAGUCCGAGUCAACGGUGAUGUUUGUUGAGGGUGCCAAACAUGCCUACGUGGGGCAUAUGACGCUGAAAUUCUCACCCGAUGUGACAUCCACGGUGCCCCAUCAUAAACACUAUUGUCUCGAAGUGGGUGAAAAUUCCAGUCCAACCAUUGAUCAUUGCAUCAUCCGAAGCACUUCUGUUGUGGGAGCUGCUGUAUGCGUAAGCGGUGUGGGUGCAAAUCCCGUGAUUAGGCAUUGUGACAUAAGUGAUUGCGAAAAUGUCGGCCUGUAUGUGACGGACUACGCACAGGGGACGUAUGAGCACAACGAGAUCAGCCGAAAUGCUUUAGCUGGAAUUUGGGUGAAGAACUUUGCGAGUCCCAUAAUGCGGGAAAAUCACAUUCAUCAUGGACGCGAUGUUGGGAUCUUUACGUUUGACAAUGGAAUGGGAUACUUUGAACGGAAUGACAUUCACAACAAUAGAAUUGCUGGCUUCGAAGUGAAAGCUGGUGCCAAUCCAACAGUGGUUAAAUGUGAGAUACAUCAUGGGCAAACUGGUGGCAUUUAUGUACAUGAAAAUGGUCUUGGACAAUUUAUUGAGAAUCGAAUUCAUUCCAAUAAUUUUGCGGGUGUUUGGAUAACAUCCAAUAGUAAUCCAACAAUACGCAAAAAUGAAAUUUACAACGGACACCAAGGGGGUGUGUAUAUUUUUGGCGAAGGACGCGGGCUGAUUGAGCACAAUAAUAUCUAUGGGAAUGCCCUAGCGGGUAUACAGAUACGUACGACAAGUGACCCAAUUGUGCGUCACAAUAAAAUCCACCAUGGGCAACAUGGGGGGAUUUAUGUGCACGAAAAGGGCCAGGGGUUGAUUGAGGAGAAUGAAGUGUACGCCAAUACAUUGGCGGGUGUGUGGAUUACGACGGGUAGUACGCCGGUGUUGCGGCGCAAUCGUAUCCAUUCCGGGAAGCAAGUUGGUGUCUAUUUCUAUGACAAUGGACACGGUAAAUUGGAAGACAAUGACAUCUUCAAUCAUCUCUAUUCGGGCGUACAGAUACGCACUGGUAGCAAUCCUGUGAUUCGUGGCAAUAAAAUUUGGGGCGGACAGAAUGGUGGGGUGCUCGUGUACAAUGGGGGCUUGGGGCUCCUUGAGCAGAAUGAGAUUUUUGACAAUGCCAUGGCGGGUGUGUGGAUUAAGACGGACUCCAAUCCAACGCUGAAGCGCAACAAAAUCUACGAUGGACGCGACGGGGGUAUUUGUAUCUUCAAUGGGGGCAAGGGGAUCCUCGAGGAAAAUGAUAUCUUCCGGAAUACCCAAGCGGGUGUCCUCAUUUCCACACAGAGUCACCCCAUUUUGCGGAGAAAUCGAAUUUUCGAUGGAUUAGCAGCUGGGGUGGAGAUUACAAACAAUGCCACGGCAACGUUGGAAUUUAAUCAGAUUUUUAACAAUAAAUUCGGCGGACUUUGCCUUGCAAGUGGUGUUCAGCCAAUUGUGCGUGGCAAUAAGAUUUUCAAUAAUCAAGACGAAGUGGAGAAAGCCGUCUCCGGGGGCCAGUGCCUCUAUAAAAUCAGCAGCUAUACAUCCUUCCCAAUGCAUGACUUCUAUCGGUGUCAGACGUGCAAUACAACGGAUAGGAAUGCCAUAUGCGUGAAUUGCAUUAAGACAUGCCAUGCAGGACACGAUGUGGAGUUUAUACGGCAUGACAGAUUUUUCUGCGACUGUGGUGCCGGUACGCUGACAAAUCAGUGCCAAUUGCAAGGUGAACCAACACAGGAUACAGACACACUGUAUGAUUCAGCAGCACCAAUGGAAUCUCAUACAUUAAUGGUGAACUAGGGUCUUGUUAUCUUUAUCAUGAUUUGCUAAUUCAUCAUCAUUACAACAACAACAACAAAAAAGAAGAAUAAUCAUUGGAAGAAACUCCACGGAAGUACUACAGAUUUUGGCGGAUUCAACUAUACCUAACACGUUAUUAUUAUACCUAUUAUUCAACUACGAGACCUUCAUUUGAUUUUCUUCUCUACUAUAUUACAGUAAGUUCGAGAUUAUUAUCCUUUUUUUAUUAUUAUUUUUUUUUUAUUCAAUUUAAAAGAAAAAAAACAAUUUAAAUGUGAGAAAUAUUCCUUAAUUUUUGGACAUUUAUUACAAUAUUCUCUCUUUUAACUUCUCAGACACAUUAAAAUGUAUUUUGUUUAAAUGUAAAACUACUAAUAAACUGAAGUCCUUAAUAAAGUGAAAUAUUAAAAUUAAAAUAAAUCUUACUCUCUGGUAAAUCUGUGGAGAAGAAUAAUAAAGAAAAAUUAAUGAAAAAAAAACAAAUAUUAAAAAAAAUCUUCUAUCACCAAUUAUUACUACGAAAAAAAAAAAGAAAACAAAACAAGAAAUACAAUUAUUAAAUAAAUAUUUAAAAAAAGUGUAUGAAAGUGUUUAGAUGUUUGUAGAUUUGUGCCCAUAAUUUAGGAGAAAUUUUUUUUUAUUCUUCCGUGAUGGUUUUUCUUCGCAAAUUUUCCUUUAUUUAGCUUACAGGAAAAGACGGAAAGUAUUUUUUUUUUAAAUAAUUUAUCACUUUUUGUUUAUGAAAUAAUUCUGGAAUCAUUGAGGUUCCAUCAAAUGUUUUUUUAUUAGUCUGUCUUAAUGCUUCUUUACAAAAUUAAAGAAAAUUAAUUAAUUUUAAUUUAUGUACAUAAAACAUUUUUAUUCAAUAAUUAUCGUGAAAGAAGAAGAAGAUUAACUACAAAAAAAUCAACAUAAUGAAAAAUUUCUUGUCUUCUAGUGCUAAUUGAUAUUUGAAUAGUGAGAAAAAAGAAUUAAUAAAAAAAUAAAUAAAACACAACUAAACACAUUUUUUAGGAACUUGAAGAAAAAAAAACGGAAGAAGAUUUAAGAAGAAAAUCAUUUUAGGUGCCAAGAAAAUAAAUUUUUAAUAUCAAUGCAAAUUAAUUAAAGAAAAAAAGAACACAGUGGGUGGAAAAUAGGGGGGAGUAUUAAAAAAUUAUUAACAAAAAAAAAUUCUAUAUUUUCCUACGAAUCUCUAUUUAAUUUUCUUUCAAAUUUCUUUCGUUUUGACAAGUUUUUUUUUUGUAUUUAAAUAUUUUCACAAACAGCCCAUUAAAAAAAAAGAAUAAAUUAAAGAAAAAAUUUCUUCUUCCAAAUUAAUUGCAAUCAUUGCGUAGGAAAUUAGUGUGGGAGGGAGUGAGAAAGAAAUUAAUAAACUGAAAUAUUAUUAUUUAUAUAUUUAUAUAAUAACAAACAAAAAAAAAAGAAUAAAAAUGACUAAAAAAUAUCACGCUGAAAUAAAUUUAAUGAGAGAUUGAUUAAAAAAUUAAGAAAAAUAUUAAAAUUAGCAAUUCAAAAUUGCAGCAUAGAAAGAAAAUUUUUAAUUCAAAAUCGCAAAAAAAUAAGCAAAUUUGUAAAAUAUUUCCAUAAUAAAUGUGAAGAAAAAAAAAACUAUUUUUUGGAAAUGUCAAAAAAUAUUGGACAUGAAAGUAAUAAAAUAAAAUUAAAUCUUUAAAGUGAAAAAAAGGAAGGAAAAGAAGAACUAUUUAUUCACGGAAAUUAAUAAAAGAAAUUAUAUAAAAGAAAAAAUAUAAAAUAGAUCGGAAAUGGAAAUUGGAAAUUGAGAGUGAGAAAAAAUAAUUAAACAAAAAAAAAAAAGAAUUGAAAGGCAAUUUUUGUGAAGAGAAAUUUAAUAAAUAAAUAAAUUGGGAUAUGUAGAGAUAUUUAAUAAAAUAAAGUAUUAGAAAUUGAAAAAAUAAAUAAAUUUGAGGAAAAAACAACAAGAAGGAGGGAUUUAUAAAGUCGCCCACUUGAGGGGAAGAGAAAAAAUAUUUAUUACUCAAUAUUAUAAUUUGUCUCUUGAUUAGAUAUUAGAAGAAAAAAAAAUUGGGGAAAAAAGAAGGAAUUUGUAGUGAUGGGAAGGGGCUAAAAGAAGAAACAAUUUUACGAAAAUAAGGCACACAUAGUAAAGUAGAAGGUUUUUUGUUUGUUUGCGAGUGAGCGCGAGUGUGUAAAUAAAUUACAAUUAUAAAUGACAAUUAAUUUGAUAAGAGAAUGGCUUAAGAAAAAUAAAUAAAUAAAAGAAUAAAUGACCGUAGAUUAAGGGAAAUAAAGAAAAAAAAUUGACGGAGCUAUAAGAAGAAGAAAACUAUAAUAGUAAGAAAUUAUUUAUAGUAAAUUCAAAACUAUGUGUAUGUUGUGUGUGUAAUUGUGUGAAAGUAUAUAUUUUUAAUUUUUGUGUGUGUUUAAAAAGUAUUUUUAAUUAUUAUUUUUCUCUCUUUAAAAAUGCAAAAAAAUAAAAGAAAUAAACACGUUUAAUCUGUCCCAAAAUUCCCAUUUAUAAUUAACAUGAUAAAAAAAAUGAAAAAUUAAUGAUAGGUAGAACGUUUAAAAAAAAAAGAAAUAAUUUUUGAACAGGUAAAUAAAACACAUUUAAACGUGAAGUAUAAGAUUAAAAAGAAAAAAUGAUAGAUCAAUAUUAAAGAAAACAACAAAAAAUCUCAGUAAAUUCUUCUUACAAAAGAAAAAAUCAUUGCCAUAGGUGGAAGAAAGGAAAUAUAUCAAAUUUUUAUUAUUAGAGAUACUCAAAAAAAAAGGAAAGAAAGUUCAUCGUAAUGUGUCCAUCGUGCAUUUCAAUUUGCAAUAAUUACGAACAUAAAAAAUGAAGGAAACAAUAAAGGUAUUAAUGUUCUCCACAAAACAUUAUCUAUUUUUAUUUUUCAAAUCAUGCUUUGAAACUAUUUUAUUGGAAUAAAAUUUUAUAUAAAAAAUAUUUAUUUAUUUUUUUAAUUUUCUGAUAUGAGUCAGUGAGGCUUCACCAGCAACGUAGUCAUCAUCCGCUCAACUGUUAAAACUCAAAUUUAGCCUUAACUGUUAGGUUAACUUUAACUGAAAAGUUCAGGCUAAGUUCAAGGGUCUAAUCUAGGGCACGGACUUUCGAAGUCACUAUUUAAAAAAAGUCUGUUUAAAUGACUGAAAGAAUCAGUCAUGAUCUUCCACUAUUAGAGUUGGUCAAAACAACUAAAGUUCUUUAGCAAAAUUGACAAAAUUAUUCAGCUAAAGAACUUCAGUCGUUUUAACUAAUUGAAAUAGUGAAAGAUCGUGACUGAUUACUUCAGUUAUUUAAACCAAUUUUUCUUUAAAGAUUAAGUAUCUAAGAGAAGAUCUAAGUUUCUAAAAGAAAAUGUUGUGUAAUUGAUUUUCCCUCCAGAGCCUGAGGAUGCUAUUUAAAUAUAAUAGCGAAAUGUCGCUGAUUAGCAAGAAUUAAGUUUUUCAUUUAUUGACUGCGCUCCGAUUCAACAUUUCCUCAUUAACUAUCUAAGUUGCAUAAAAAGUAUACGAAGGUCCUUCAUUUUUUUUAAUCCUUUUAUCAAUUAAAAAUUAUUCAUUUCCUUCUUUUUUAUGAUUCUUUGAAAAGGAGUCUUUUCAGUCCAGAAGGAGACUUUCUUUGGGUCUAGAAAAUAAUUUUGACCCCCAUGAUCUAGAUAAGGUAAUAAAAAAGAAUAAGAAAUCGAUGAAAAGCUUAACAUUUUCCACUGGGGUCACAUAGAAUAAAGCCAACAAAGAUUUCAUAAAAAAACGCUCAACAAUUGGCGGCCAUUGCCAAUUUUAUCCUUUUAGAUGUUUCAAAACAUUCGUAGUAAUGUUUCGUAGCGACAAAUUCGUAGAAGAAACAUUAAUGUGAAUGUUUUGAAACAUUUAAAGGGAUAAAAUUGGUAAUGGCCGCCAUUCAUUGAGGAUUUCUUAUCCUUUUUUGAUUCUCUAAUGUUAUUUACUGCAAUUGAGUGUACGAUGGAUUGUGGUUUUGUUUCGAUUUGGUUUUUUGAGGAGUUUAUUGUGCUAUUUCGAUGUCACAUUUCAAAUUAAAAAAAAACGAAAGAUUAAAUAAAAUUCCCACAGAAAAUAAAGUUUGUGACGUAGAAAUUCUUACAAAGAUAGAAAAGAAAAUGAAAUUAAACAAAAAUAUAUCUAGAAAAGUAACAAAAAAAUAUAAACUUUUUCACUGUGUGAUGAUUAUCGUGUUAAAAUAAAAAGAUUUAAAAAUGAAAUAAUUGAUGAAUAAUUGCAAUAUUAGUCUAAAAGAAUAAAACAAAAAAAAAACUAAAACCAACUUUUUGAAAAGAACAAAAAAGUAAAUUGAAAUAAACAUUUUUUCUUUGGAGUGUUUGUUGUUUUUUUUUUCCUUUUUUGUUAUAAAUUCUUUUGUGCAACGUACAAGAAAAAAAAUGCAUCAAAAUAUUUAAUGUAAAACCUUGAAGUAAAAUAAAAAAGAAAAAAAGUAUUAAUGAAGUGAAAUGAAAUAUAAGAAAAAAAUCAUAAGAGCACCAGUGUUAACUAAAAAAAAAAGUCUUGAAAGAAAAAUAGUGAAGAAGCAAAAAAAAAUUAAAAAAUACUAAUGAAUGAUAGUAAAUAUUAAGAAUUUUAGAAAGAAGAGAAAAAUAAGAAAUAUUUCUUUUGGGAUUUUUGUUUGUUUUUGAGAUUUUUUGGUUUUCUUCUGAAGCACAGUGCAUUUUUUCCUCUAGAAAUCACACAAAAAACAAACAAUUAAUAAAAAAAACGCAAACAAAUCAUUAAUAAAAAAACAUUGCAAAUCAUUCCUUGAAAUAUUUUUUCACAAUUUUCAGUUUUUUUCUACUAAAUGGGUUUUCUUUCUCUUUCAUCGAAUAUAAAAUAAAAUAAAAAAAAUAUCAGCAAUAGUUAGUGAAUGGAAAAAAAAACUUACAAUUUAUGAAAGAAAAAAAUUAAUUAUAGUUAUUUUUUAUAUUGCUCACAAUAUCGUGAUUUUCAAUUGAGCCAGAAAUAUGUAAGUGGGUAGGGUUGGUGAAGAAUAUAAAAUGAAAAAAAAAACCUAGCAAGAUAAAUAUUAAAAUUAACAAAAAAAAAAUGCAAAGUAUAUAUGAAAGUGAGUGUCGUCAUAGUUGAGAAAAAUAAAAAAAAACAAAGUAUUAUUUAACAAUUAGAUGAUGAUCAAGAUCAAGGAGUAUAAAUUAGAAGAAGAAGAAACUACAUAAAUACCCCUUAAUCCGUUUUUUUUUUAAAUUUCUUUUUCUGUAUAGAAAUAUAUAAUAAAGAAAAAAAAGUAACACAACACACACAUUUUAUAUAUUAAACAUAAAAAAUAUGCAAUUUAUGCGAAUUUUUUUCUACAUAAUACUUUUGUUAAACACGCAGAAGUUUUUAUUUUAACUUCUAAUGGGUUUUUAUCGUCGUAAUGUUUUUUUUUUAAAUAAAUAUAAAUAAAUCA